GGAAAGGGAAGAGGGAAGGAGAAUGACAAUCGAUAGCGCGACUUGUCGCGGCUUCUCCUGAGGCGCGCUUCAGUGCGAGCGGCUGUCGCGCCGCGGGGAUUUGUCGCGAGCGAGCCGUCGGCGAGGUUCGAGGAUCGUCCUGAAGGUGGCGUUAUCAGCGGCGCCGUCGCCGCUCAGUUCGCCCGCGGCUGCGCUCCUGGACGUACCGCGCAGCACGGCCGCUGCUCCGAGCUCUCGCGAACAACAGCACAGCGAAGAAGACCGACUGCUGCGGCAAGGCGACAUGAGCUCCGCCGAGGACGCAGACGCGCAGCUGCUGGCGGCGGUGAAGGCGGGCCGGCGCGACCAGGCCGCGCGCCUGCUGGCCGACUGCGCGCGCCCCGAGGCCACGGACGCCGACGGCGAGACGGCGCUGCGCGUCGCGGCGCUGCAGGGCGACGCGGCGCUGCUGGAGCUGCUGCUGUCGCACGGCGCCGCUGUCGACGCGCAGAACCGCCAAGGCGUCACGGCGCUCUUCAACGCCGUCAUGCACGCCGAGCUGGCCUGCGUGCGGCUGCUGCUGGACCGCGGCGCGCGCGUCGACGUGCAGGACGUGGAGGGGGUGACCCCGCUGCUGGUGGCCGCCUACGUCAGGAACCAGCCCUGCGUGGAGCUGCUGCUGGACGCCGGCGCCGACCCGGGGCUGCGCAACGCGCGCGGCCUGGACGUGGUGGACACGGUGGCGCAGAACGGCGACCUCGCCUGCCUGCGGCUGCUGCUGGACCGCGGCGUGGCGGCCGACCACCGCGGCUCCGGGGGCUGCACCCCGCUGCACCGCGCCGCCGAGCGCGGCCAGGCCGAGUGCAUCGACUUCCUGCUGGCGCGCGGCGCCGACAUCGACGCCCUCACCGACGACGGCUCCUCCGCGCUGCUGCUCGCCUCGGAGAACGGCCACGCCGACUGCGUGGCGCUGCUGGUGGACCGGCGCGCGGCGCUGGGGGUCCAGAACAAGGACGGCAAGAACGCCAUGGACGCGGCGGCCGUGAAGGGCAACCUGGAGUGCGCGCGCAUCCUGCUGGGCCGGGGCGCCAACGUGGACGCGCGCGAUGACGCCGGGUACACGGACCUGCACCGCGCCGCCGAGGACGGCAGCGUGGACGGCGUGCGGGCCUGCCUGCGCUACCGCGCCGCCGUGGAGGCGCACAACGCGGACGGCCACACGGCGCUGCACCGCGCCGCCGUGCGCGGGAGCGUGGCGUGCGCGCGCGCGCUGCUCGAGGAGGGCGGCGCGUGCGUGGACGCGCUCACGCCCAUGCGCAACACGCCGCUGUACAUCGCGGCGCAGGGCGGCGACCUGGAGAUGGUGCGGCUGCUGCUGGCGCGCGGCGCCGACGUGUCGCUGUGCAACUCGGGCUGCUGGACGCCGCUGCACAUCGCCGCGCAGCACGGCCACGUGGACUGCGUGCUGGAGCUGCUGCGCGCGGGCGCCGACCCCAGCGCCUGCAGCCUGGAGGGCUGGACGCCGCUGCACGUGGCGAUGCACGCCGCCGACCCGGAGUGCGCGAGCGCGCUGGUGGACGCCGGCGCCGACGUGACGGCGCCCAGCCGCGAGGGCUGGACGCCGCUGCACCGCGCCGCGCAGAGCGGCCGCGUCGACUGCCUCAACAUGCUGCUGCGCCGCGGCGCCGACGUGGACGAGCGCACGGACGACGGCCGCACGGCCCUCUUCAUCGCCGUCCGCCACGGACACCUGCAGUUCGCGCGGCUGCUGCUGGAGCACGGCGCGCGCUUCGACGCGUGCGGCCGCGACGAGGAGUCGCCCCUGCACUCGGCCGCCGAGGGCGGGUCGCGCGGCUGCGUGCAGCUGCUGCUGGACAAGGGGCUGGGCGUCGACCUGAGGACCAAGCGCGGCUGGACGCCCCUGCACAGCGCCUCGCAGGCCGGCCGGCUCGACUGCGUCGACUACCUGCUGGAGAAGGGCGCCGACGCCAACCUGUCCUUCAGCCUGCUGCUGUGAGGGCCGCUGGCGUCGAGGACCCUGCCGAACUGCUGAUUGCCUGGAGGUUUGGGAUCAACAGCUGUAGGAGCUUGGUGCAAACAACCCUGUGCCUUCUUAUCUACGACCGUUUCGGUCACUUCCACUCUUCAAACUAAACAUAAGUAUAGACUAGAGACGAGAACAGUGUGGCCUGCUACCAAUCUGACAUUCGUAUGCUGUUAUGUAUCGAACGCUGUUCCCAUGUCAUCAGUUUUCAAACAGAGCACGUAUUUUUUGCUGUGCCCUUGCCUGCAGAUUUAACGGUCCAGGAACGCGGGCACAUUGAGAAGAAAAUAUAUAUAAUAUAUAUUUUUACAGAAAUCAGCUUUCUGAAGUGCGUAGUGAGCUUGACAGGUGUAACACUGGUCGGAAUAUCAUCCUUGAGAACGGAAUACGUCGAUACGCAGCAGUAUAAGAAACGGAAGUAUGCCGAUAAAACCCACUGGCAAUACUCCACAAUCACACGGAAACAGAUUACGGGCCCGAAAGAUAUUUACGUUUUACUAUCAGUCUGCUGCUUCCGCAAUGCACGGAAACGUAAGAAAUGGUAACCAAGGAGAUUGAUAUCACGAUAGUAAAAAAUUAAUUAAUUUGAAAAAGGUUUUGAGGCACGAGAACAUAACAGUGUAAGAAUUUUCAUAUGCAUUAAAAAUAAAUGAGAAAGCGAUAAUAGACCACUAGAUAUUAUUGUAAUUGAAGCCAUUUUUAACGUAUUUAAAGCGUAAACAAACAUGGCUACCACGGCGUCCAAAUACCUGGCUUCUAUUGGUCGCACGGAGUAACGUAAACCGAAGAACUGGGCAAACUGGGCAUUGCCGAACUCAUCCGUAAGGGUCCGUGUUCGUAUGCGUGUUAUUGUAGUUAUCCAGCUCCGCGAGAUCCUCUCCACUUUCGUGUCAUUGUAGAACGGACCUUAAGUUUCAUACUCUACCCAUCAGGGACCAGGCAGGCUUAGUCCUAGUCCUACUUUAGCACGUGAUUGCCAUGUUCCGUUCUAUUAUAGAUAGAUUGAAGUGGAAAUUGUUGUGGCAUUUGAUGAUUUGAUUUAACUUGUCAACUUGAACGCCUGAAUGAUAAUCGGGAAAAGUUAUGCCAUCUUAUUCACUCCCUACGGUGAAUGAUAUUUUUCUGUAUCGUUUCGGUUCCAUUUCACUUGACGAAGUGAUUAACUAUAAACAGGCGAGCAUAUACGUUGGUAAAUCAUUAUUAGUCUCCUGUAGUGGAGUAUUUGCAUGAUACCUGUGACCGAAUACUUGGAACAAUAACAUUAUUUGUAAAAUAAGUGAAAGACUUGUGAGAUGUGAUGAUUUUAAAUAAGUCGUCGUCAUUCACACGUGGAGGUAAUCUGUUUCUUUACCGGCCCCCAAUCAGUCCUUUUUGUGAUAGUUUUUGUUACCAUUAGCAUAUCCUCAACAUGUUUAAGCGCCUUUACAGCAUCAUGUCAUGUUAAAUGUCACUCAGCAUUGUUUACGUCGUGCCUCUAACACUAAAGAGGCCUUCUUAAAAAGCAGUACUGAAUUACCUGAUAAACUUUUAAAAUUCAAUUUGUGUGAAUUUUUUUUUAUGAAGACCUGUGCACACGAACUCUUGAGUUAAUUUAUUUAUUCACUUUAUAAAAUAUGUCAAAAUAGCCUACAAAUAAAUAUAUUUCAGUGCUCUUACUAAAAAUACUGAUUUGAUUAAGAUAACAUUAAAAUUACAUCCUAAAAAAUUAAGCUAGUCAAUUCGUAAUUUCAAGAUUGUAAAUUUAUUGAAUUAUAAAUUUUGUUCUAUCAUAAUGACCUAUACAUAAUUUCGCUUUGAACAGCAUGUAAACUAUACAGAUUUUUCAGUUUCAUAAGCAUCUUCUUUCAUGAUAUUGUGGAAGAGUUUUUAUCGUGUUUGUGUAGAAUAUAAUUCUUAUUUUAGAAAAUUAAUGUAGAAACCUAUUUCACAUUCAUCUCAAAUCGAAAUCUGUCUUCUUGUACUGGUAUUGAUAUAGUUAGUGGGAACAUUUGUGAUAAUAUUGUUAAGAAUUCGUGAAGAAAGAGGGCUUCAGUAUACUGCAAAAUAUUUAUUUUUAAAAUUUAAGAUUUUUGACGUAUUAUGUACAUGUAACAAUGUGAUAUUUCAAUUGAAUUGUUAAUAUCACUCAAAAUAAGACAAAGUUUUGUGACUUUGUAAAUUAUGUUUAUGUCCAUGCCUUGUAAGUACUUUGGGAGAUAAAAUUAUCCAUAAUU